AUGCCGAGAAACGAAGAGGAAGAGAGCUUGGGGAGGACAUCUCCUACUACGAGCGGCACCGUUAGACUGAGAGUCAGAACAGACCCUUUCCUGUUGGUCUGUAGGGGCUUCAGCGUCAUAACCUCUCUCACUGCGAUCCUCUGCAUAGCCGUCAACCUUAUGUCUGCCAUUCGAUCCUUCGAGGAAGGAUCUGAUAUAUUCGAUGGGAUAUUCCGGUGUUAUGCCGUUGUGAUUGCGUUCUUUGUGGUUCUGGCCGAGACAGAAUGGGGAUUCAUUCUCAAGCUCUGGAAGGUGUUGGAGUAUUGGGUUGGUAGGGGUAUGCUGCAGAUCUUUGUUGCAGUGAUGACAAGAGCUUUCCCUGACUAUACUGGGGUUCGGAAGGCGCUUGUUCUUCUUCAAAACAUAUCAAGUUAUAUGCUUCUUGCUUGUGGUGCAGUCUAUUUGGUUUCGGGACUCCUAUGCAUGGGGCAUCUCAAACGUGUUCGGCAGCAACAGGAGAUUACAAGGGACCAAGCUGUCAAGGAUCUGGAAGAAUUGGAGCGGCGUAGAGAGGAACUUGAACAAUUGCUUGUUGCAGAGAGGGCCUAAGACUAUUUGCCUGAGUAGUCCAAACACAUUCAGGUUUCAAAGGCAACGGAACUGAGUCUGGAAAAUCAGUCCUUUGAAUUUGUAUCGUCAUACGAUCAUGCAGUUUCAUUGUGUACAAUUGUUAGUUGCCUUCAUGGGAUUGUGUGUAUGGAAUAAGUCCAAAUUUUGUGUGUAACAGUAUACUUAAUGGGAAAGAGGCAUGUUUCUCGAGGAAA